AUCUCAGUGACCUUUGAGGAUGUGGCUGUGAACUUCACCCAGGAGGAGUGGGCUUUGCUGGAUCCUUCCCAGAAGAAUAUUUACAGAGAUGUGAUGCUGGAAGUCCUCAGAAACCUGGCUUCUAUAGGAAACAAAUGGGAAGACAAGAUCACUGAAGUUCAGAUUGAAAACUCUGGGAUCAAUGUAAGGCAGAUCACAUCUCACUCUGGACACAAAUACUACAAGCAUGAGAAAUAUGAAGAGAAGCCAUGUGAAUUGAAACAAUAUAGGAAAUCUCUGGUUUCUCUCAAAAGUGUUCACACACAAAUGUUAAUACAAACUGGAGAUGGACCUUAUGAAAGUACAGUAUGUGGGAAAGUCAUCAGUUGUUCCAAUGACAUUGAAAGACAUGAAGAAACUCAUACUGGGGGGCAACCCGAUGAAUGUCAACAAUGUGGUGAAGCCUCUUCUUAUCCCUCCAGUGUUCAAAGACACAUGAUAACACACAGUGGAGAUAAACAUUUUCAAUGGGACAUAUGUGGGAAAGCCAUUCAUUUCUCCUCUUUAUUUAGAAGACAUGAAGGAACUCAUUCUGGAGAGAAACUCCAUGAAUGUAAACAAGGUGUUCGGACCU